AUGCUGGAUAGUAGCGACCCCAGAAGCCACCUGCUCCCCACCAGGCCCGCCCUGCUGUCCGCCAGGCCCGCUCUGCUGUCCGCCAUGCCCUCCAUUGCCGCCGCUCAAAUCUCCACCACUCCCUCCCUUUACCCCCUUAACCCCUCUCCCGUCCUCAAAUUGCCCCUCUCCAUACCCUCUCCUUCCCCUAAUUCCAUUCCUCCGUUUCCCUUCUUUUCCCCAUUUUCCUUCCCCCCUCAAAUUCCAUCCGCUUCUGCCUUGCCCUUCUUUCCACUUCCCCCUUGCCCUUCCCCCCGUUCCCCCUCCCCCUCUCUCUCCUUUCUUUCCCUGCCUCUCCCCUUUUUUCCCUCCCCACCUCUCUCCUUCCUUCUCCCCCCAUCCCUGGGCAAGAGGGGAAAGUCCGCGGGCGAGAGGGGGGAGUCCGUGGGCGAGACGGGGGAGUCCGCGGGCCAGAGGGGGGAGUCCGCGGGCCAGAGGGGGGAGUCUGCGGGCGAGAGGGGGGAGUUUGCAGGGUUUGGAAAAGGUGAGCCAAAACCACCGCAGGGAAUGUUUGCGGUCAACAGUGAAGACACAUUCCCCCCUCAUAACGCACAGACUCUGAAAUGCAGUGCAUCCCUCACUCCCGUGAUCCCUCCCUCCCUCCCUCACAUCACACGCGUGGAACCUAGCACACUGAAGUGA